AAACAUCCAAGCCAAGAAAAACAUACACUUUUGUGAUUGACAUUCGACUGCAUUUUAAUAUUUUGUAUAUCUAUUUCUCUUUUGUUUUUGUUUAUUUUCCAUUAAACUACGAAAAAACAAAAUUCUCAAAAUGGUAAAAGUUAAAAGCAUUGGUUUUUCUGUUGAAAAAAUUGUCGAUAAACGUAUUUCGAGUGAUGGCAAAAUUGAAUACUUCAUAAAAUGGCGUGGAUACCCAAAUUCCGACAACACCUGGGAACCGGAGGAACACUGCCAUUGUCCACAAUUGAUUCAAAAAUUCGAAGAAUCUCGUGCCAAGGCAAAGAAGCGCGGUGACAAGAAACCAAAAAUCGAAGAGGUAACCAAACCUCGAGGCUACGACCGAGGAUUGGAGCUCAAGGAAAUAAUGGGUGCUACAGAUGUCACUGGAGAUGUGUCGUAUCUCAUCAAAUGGUGUGAUUGUAAUGAAUAUGACUUGGUAGCAGGAUCCGAGGUCCGCGAACGCAAUCCAAAGGCAGUUUUGGAGUUCUACGAGAAGCGCUCGCCUUUUCAACGCUGGAUGGAAAACCGUUCCAAAGGGAUUCCCGAGGAGCUUAAAUCAAAUGCUCUUUACGGCAACACCAACUUAGAUUCCAACGCAGAGGAUGUCCCAGCCAUCCAUGGCACAGAAAUUCCUUCCCUAGAAUUGGACGCUCCAGAAGAAUGAGAAUAAUAAACUUUUUUUAAAUUA